AUGCCCUCUCUGACGAUUCCAUUCUGGAACAUCACCCGUGAGUCGACCGUUAUCUGUCCAUUAUCGGUCACCUAUCGACCACGGGUGUUCGUGAUCAGGAGAGCAAUGCCCUUCGGUCCGCACACCGACCCUCAGAUCUUCGAAUCCUUGAACGACCUCGCCCUCAUUGGCUGCAAAACCGACAUCAUGCCCACUAUUGACGCAGUCCGUGGCCGCCUUACGUCGCUGGCCGAGACGCCGGCUUCCGAAGCGAAGCGUUUUCACUACACCGUAGCCCACAUCCUUUUCGCAGUUAUGGUGCUACGGAAAUACCUGUUUUGUUAUGUAUGGGAAGGUUCGAUAGUCCAGUAUUCUAUAUUUAGAGAUACUGUCACAGAGGUGCUCCAGCUACCGGAGGACCCGAGGGAACUUGGACCCAUUCUGGACGCCGCCCGUCAACUCGUUCCGGAACCAUCUCUCUACCUCACCAUUGACUGGGAGGACGUCCGGCCAAGCCUCGUUCGCAGCCUGCGUAGUACCCUUUCCGACAACAAAUCAACGAUGACGAAGAUGACGGUUUCGAACCUUCCUCGACUUUAUUCGCAAGAUUGGGAUUCAGACUCGGAGGAUUACGAUUGGUCUGAUGCAGAGUCAGAGGACUUGGGGGAGCUGGAGGAGCUCAGUCUGCUUGAAGAGUUUGUCCCCUCGCUCCGUGCGCUGGAACUGCGCAGAUCGGGGCAAGGGCUUCUGCGCGCUCGCGAUGACUGUAUCCUUCCGAACGUAUUCGGCGAGAGCGGGGACAAGCGCCUCGAGGUCCUCAUUCUCGUCAACUGCCGCUUUCCAUACACCCCAAGAUGCUACUCGGGAAUCCGGACGCUACAUAUCGAGUUCGACAGCCCGCCAAUGCGGAGGAGGAAGAAGGACAGGCAGUGGGACGGUCAAUUCAUCGACGUCCUCCUCACUUGUCCCCACCUGGAGCACUUAGUGCUUCGACAUGUCCCCAUGUCCCUCGAGGAGGCAAUCGCCCACUGGCCACUAUUCUCUGUGCCGCUCAUGAACCUUCGCAUCCUGCGUGUUGAUCUGGACGUCUAG